CAACUCACAAAAUGUUAGGUAAUCCAGUGAGCGGUCCCGGAGGAAAACAUUACAUCAGUAACAUCUCAACUAGAAGAAAAUAAGUAGUCCCAGAAGACUGUGAGCUCUCUUAACAUGAUGCCUACAGCUAGAGGCAUGUCCCAAAUGAUACCCAAUCAUGUCCUGAGAGUAGGCCAAACUAUCCGCCUGGACUCAGGGCCACAGGAGACAGUCAAUCGGCACCCCAGUCUCAUGGAACCAAACAGUAACCAUGGUGAUUCUGAUCUUGAUAUUUCCCUGAGUAAUCUCAACCAGCUCAUCCUGGAACUGGAUCCGACAUUUGAACCCAUUGCGGUCAACCAUAGUCCUUUGUGCAUGAGCCCUCCUACAGAUGACUCAGAUGAGGACGUUUCACAUUGCGUGUUGGUCACUCGAGGAUGUUCUCCCUGCUCCCGGCCUCCUGCGAUCCCAUUUGUGUCCCCCAGUAUACCGAUCCCUAGAUCCAGCCGUGUCAGCUGCAGUCCCCAAGGCACCCUGGUGUUCUCCAGCUCCCCGACGUCCUCCCUGCCUCCACUGCCAUGCGGCAGCGGAGUCCGACGACAUCCUUCACCAAAAAAUGACGCAGCCUUUGCACAAGGAUCCCUGCGCCUGUCACACUCCAACAGAAACAGUGCCGUCUCCCUUCUAUCCACGUCGACAUGCUCAGACACCAGCUACAUCCUUGGCAGCAACCUGUCCCUGGCCAGUGAAGACGCUGACUCUCAAGAGUUCAUCCCCACUCACACAUAUGGCUCCUUUAACGGAGGGUCCAGAACUACAGCAUUUGAGAACAGGCAAAGCCCAGAGAAGCCCCCGCUGUACAGGCAAGGAAAACUGCAGGAGCGUCCAGGGAAAGGACCACAGAGAUGUCCUGCUUCACAUUUGGGGUCUUUCAGCAAUAUUCCUGUACUGCUAAUCAACGGUGAACCCCAGCAGGAUCCGCACACCCACUCUGCUGGACAAGAAGUUGAGUUAAUGCAGACCAUCCUUAAUGUGUCCAACUCAAAGCCCAUUUCUCCUCAAAGUUUCCAAGCGCGUUUUAACGGCAGCCAGCCCUCAAUGAAGUUUGUCAUGGACACUUCAAAGUUUUGGUUCCGUCCACAUAUAAACAGAGCAGAAGCUGAAGCUCUGGUAAAAGACAAGGAACCCGGAGCAUUUGUUGUGAGGGACAGCACCUCCCACAGAGGCAGUUUUGGUCUGGCUAUGAAGGUGAAACCAACCGACACCAACUUCACUGCUGCCACCUACCCAGGAGAGAGCAGCUCAGAUCUCGUCAGAAACUUCCUUAUUGAAUCUUCAGCUAAGGGCGUACGUAUCAAAGGCUCUUCUCAGGAACCAUACUUUGGUAGUCUCUCUGCCCUGGUCUACCAGCAUACUAUGUGUGCUUAUGCUUUGCCCUGCAAAUUACUCAUCCACUCCAGAGAUCUGGUUGCAGCAGAGGAGAGCACAAAUCACAAACCAGCAUCAGACGACGAGAAUAAAACAGCUUGUAACUUUGUCUACCUGAAUGCUGUCCCUACUGAGAUGCUGACGGGCCCGUGUGCCGUACAGAAAGCGGUGUGCUCUGCACUGGAGAAGGCCUCCGGUUCCUUCAUGCCGAUCAUAGUCAACAUGAAGGUGUCUUCGAAGGGUGUCACACUGACAGACGUCAACAGGAAAUUCUUCUUCAGACGCCAUUACCCUGCUCACCUGCUUAGCUACAGUGGUGAAGAUCCAGACAAUCGGCGGUGGUUGAAAGGAUCUAGUUUUGGCGCAAGGAUGUUCGGCUUUGUGGCAAAAGGUGUGGAGGCCGGCAUGGAGAACGUUUGCCACGUCUUUGCAGAAUAUGACCCUCUGCAGUCUUGUAAAAAAACAAUUGAGAUUAUUCAGGCAGCUACAACCAAGCCUUAGACCUUUCUUACACUGCCUGACUUACACUGUACUAAUCUCAGUGGUCGUCUUUGAAAGUCUCAUUAUCAAGUGAGGCUGUUUCUGCAAGAUCACAAUUGGAUUUAGAAGCGCCUUAGACAAUCUCAAAGAGAUGUAACUGUGUGUAGAUACAUGUGGAGAUUUACAAGACAGAAUAGGUGUCAAGAAAGAAUGUAAUCAACAGGGAACCACUAAUAAAUUAUUCUAAUUAAAUGACGCACUGCUGCUUUUAUGAUAAUGUCCAACUAGUUUGUAAAUAUGUUAAAACAUUCCACAGUAUUUUUUCAAUUGUUGAUAUAUGAAGCUCGCAAAAUUUUUUUGGAUGUAAAAUGUUUUAUUUUUUUAAAGAAAAUGUUAGAACCACUGCUUACCUUGAGGAUAGGGUAUGGUAAAUUAGUUGAUUCGAGUAAUGCAAGGUUAUUUCUUCACCAGGCAAUAACUAUAGUGAUCUAAUUAUAGUAAUUUAAUAUAGUGGUGAAGAAUUUUUAAAAUUCUAUUAAUAGACCAGAACAAAACUGACAUUGUACUGUCCUUUCAUUUCAAAACAGAGUUACAUAGAGCCUAGUUGUAUUGUUUAAAAUGUAUUUACUAUACAGAACUGUAAACAAUUUAUUCUUUGUAUAUUCAUGCCGUGUAAUGUUAUAAUGUCAAAUAAACAUGUAAAACUUG